AUGGAUCUGCUGUAUACCUUCGCGAGCGAAUCGUCCAUCCACGGCCUUUCCCACCUGGUGCGCCAGCGUACGAACUUGCUGGAGAAGGUGUUCUGGCUGGUAAUGCUGACCGUGUCCGUCGUCUGCUCGGUCAGCAUCUGCAACAGUCACUGGGAGCGCUUCAAUGAGAACGCGACCGUGCUGAACGUCGAGACGAACUACCUUAACUGGGUGUUUCGACCGCCGGCCGCCACCGUCUGCUCCGACCACGUCAACGAGCAGAAGCUGGAACAGCUGCUGAAGCGCUACUGGGACGUGGACAGCAACCACACAAGAUACAAUCACUACCGGAAUUACCUGCUGACGGUGAACCGCGCCCGGUUCGACAGCUUAGCCGACUUUGAGGAGUACGCAAACGAUACGUCACUGGCCAAGAUCGAUAUCCUCUCGUUGGUGCGCGAAAUGAACGAUCCGCUGACGUCACCCUGGAAAACGUUUGCGCCCGUCCUGACCGAGGUCGGCAUCUGUUACUCCUCGACGAUGCUCUAUCGCUUCCAGCGUCCCGACAGCCUUCGCUCGCUGGGAAACUAUUCGAAGGAGAAAUCCCCUGAUUGCUUCACGCUGGACGUUUGUCGAACGAUGGUGGCGAUGAGUCAUGUGGAAUCGAAAAGAAACGACGUGUACAUUCAUAUCGAGCAGGACGUGAUGACGGGCGAUAGUCCGAUCCAUUACACACUCGGCGAGCACGACAUCAUCAGCUCGACACUUUCGGUGGAACAGGUGGUCGCAUCGAAGGCCCUCAAGCAGUUGUCGCCCCGUCGGCGCAAAUGUCGCCUGCCGAACGAACGUCUCCCCUAUUUCAGCGUUUACACCAUCAAUUUGUGUCGAAUAAACUGCCGGAUCGAGGCCGCACUAAAGAUGUGCAAGUGUGUUCCCUUCUUCUACAAUAUAGGGAAGCGAAUCUGCAACCCGGCCGGCCUAUACUGCUUGUCGCGCAAGAACUGGUAUACGCCCAACGAUACUUGUGUCUGCCCGCAGCUUUGCGAGUCCCUCUCUCUGCGGCAAGUGUCGGUGAAGAAAAAGGUACUGGAACAGGCCAACAGCAAGCUGGAAACACAGAUCAUCUAUCCAAGGAUGCGAAUGAAGCGUGACGUUCUGUACGAUCUAAGCAACCUGAUCGUUGCCUUCGGUGGUAGUGCAGCACUUUUUCUCGGAUGUAGUUUUAUCAGCUUUGUGGAGGUGGCUUUCUUCAUCCUGGAGUAUGUGACAAAAAAAGUGUACGAACGUUUACAUCAGCAAUGA